GCGGGCGGGGCCUCAGGGGCGGAGCGGCCACCAUCUUGGAACGGGAGGCGGAGCAGAGCCGACUGGGAGCGACCGAGCGGGCCGCCGCCGCCGCCAUGAACCCCGAAUAUGACUACCUGUUUAAGCUGCUUUUGAUCGGUGACUCGGGUGUGGGCAAGUCGUGCCUGCUCCUGCGGUUUGCUGAUGACACGUACACAGAGAGCUACAUCAGCACCAUCGGGGUGGACUUCAAGAUCCGCACCAUCGAGCUGGACGGCAAGACCAUCAAACUCCAGAUCUGGGACACAGCCGGCCAGGAGCGGUUCCGGACCAUCACCUCCAGCUACUACCGGGGGGCCCACGGCAUCAUCGUGGUGUACGACGUCACCGACCAGGAGUCCUACGCCAACGUGAAGCAGUGGCUGCAGGAGAUCGACCGCUACGCCAGUGAGAAUGUCAACAAGCUCCUGGUGGGCAACAAGAGCGACCUCACCACCAAGAAGGUGGUGGACAACAGCACGGCCAAGGAGUUCGCAGACUCUCUGGGCAUCCCCUUCCUGGAGACGAGUGCCAAGAAUGCCACCAACGUGGAGCAGGCCUUCAUGACCAUGGCUGCCGAGAUCAAAAAGCGGAUGGGGCCUGGGGCGGCCUCGGGGGGCGAACGGCCCAACCUCAAGAUCGACAGCACCCCUGUGAAGACGCCUGGCGGCGGCUGUUGCUAGGAGGGCACGUGGGCUGGGGCUGGAGGGGCACCUACAGAUGAUGCCCCAGGAGGGGCAGGAGGUGCCUCCCUCUCCUGGGGCAUUUGAGUCUGUGGCUCUGGGGUGUCCUGGCUCCCCAUCUCCCUCUGGCCCAUCUGCCUGCUGCCCUGAGCCCUGGUUCUGUCAGGGCCCCCACUGGAAGACACCCAGGACCUGGGGCUGGGCUGGGGUGGGGCCUGCUCCCCUGCUGCCUCUGGGUCACUAAAGCUGCCCCCCGCCCCUACCCGUCUUUGGAACGAGGGCUCGUCUGUCCGCCCCACCCCUGUAUGCUGCACUGGGUUCUCCCUCCCUGUCUGCCUUCUGUCCCCUCUUCCCAGAGCCCAGGGCCUCCCUGGCCUCUGCUGCCCCCGGCUACAGUCAGAGCCCGGGGGCGGGGAGUGUGGCCAGGGGAUCCGGGCCCGGGGCCCUGGGCUGGACCGGACCUCAGGACAGGCAUGAGGGCCCAGCAGCCCGCCCUCUGCACUCCCCCUGCCUCGCCACCCCUCCCACACUCACAGCUCCAGCCGUCCAGCUGCGGUGGGGUCUGAGCACAUCCUGCGCAAGUGGGCGGGCAGCUGUGCCAGGCCUGUGUCUUGAGCUCCGAGGGAGCCUGCUCCUGCCGCCCCCUGCCCUGCCAGAGCCAGGCCCGUGCGCUGCCUGCACACCGUUCCCCUUUGUCCUCAUGGCAGGCGGAGGCGGGAGGCCCACCGUGCCAGAGGCCGGGCACCAGCCUUAACCCUCACCCUGCCAGAGGCGGCACAUCUGGCUUACGCUGCCCUUGGGGCCUACGAGGGCAGAUCCCCGUCCCCCGCCGCCACUUCUUGGGGGGUUCUGAGCGCAGCCCAGGGCUGGGGGCCUCUGCCCACCCCUCCCGCCUUGGUUCCAGCCCCCUGCCCUGUGGCACAGCUUCUGCGAGAAGCAGACCUCCGGUCUCCACGUAAGAAGCCAUGUCCCUUGUGCUGUCUCACCUGUCCCGUCCCGUCCCUGCCCUGCCCUCUGACGUGUAUUUAACGCCCUGGGCUGCCCUGCGGGGUCUGCCCUGCCCCCGGUUCCCCUCUGGUGUCAUGUCAGGCGUUUUGCAAGGAAAAGCCACUUGGGGAAAGAUGGAAAAGGACAAAGGAAAAAAAAAUAAAUUUCCACCGGCCCUCGGGUGAGCCGAGGGUUUUUGCAAGG